UCAGCGCGCGAGAACGAGGCGUGGCUCAGUGUCCCUGGGCUCCAAGCCGCCAGGACAGGGCUGCCGCUUCUUCCCCUCGGGAGGCUGAGCCCGAUCCGCAGCUGCUCCAGUGGGAGGACGGCAGCAGCUUCAACUCCUCGCGCCGUUACCUUAAGGGCUGGACUUGAUCCUUGUGGAUCCCUUCCAAUUCAGAGCCUUCUGUGGGAUGUCCCUGCAUGACCCCAUCAGUAUUUAUGGUGCCAAUGUUGGUGCUGUUUUAUAAAUUAAUUUAUAAAUGUUUAUAAAUUUAUUUAUAAUUAUUGAUUUAUAAUAUUUUUAUGAAUUAAUUUAUAGUAAUAUGUAUAAAUUAAUUUAUAAAUUAUCUUUAUAAUUUUAUAGUUAUAAGCCCCUUCCCAGUGCUCCCAGUCUGCCCAUCCAGCCUGGAGCAGCCAGCCAGGGCUUCAGCUCAGAGAGCAGGGAAAUCUGGAGGGUUUAAUUUUGUUUGUCUUGUUCUCCCCAGCUUGGGGAGAAGCUGUUUUUGAGGGGCCCUGCUCUUCUCUCCCUCUUCUCUAAUCCUUUCCAGUUUCUUCCUGUUGGGGGUUAGAGUUGUUUUUUUAUUACUUACAGAAUUUUUCCCCUAAGUUGCUAGGAAACUAACUGCUGGGUAGUUGUAGGGAGUUGUAGCACCUGGCUACACUUCUUUGGGAGUUUCUCCGUUGCCCUGGUUUUUUGGAGUUUUUUUAAAGCCUUCUACUUGUUCAUAAGAUGGAGUCAGUUCUUGUUUCUGUACAAUAUUAAGGGUCAGUUUUUCACUUUCUGACACACACUUUGGAACAUAAACAACCUUUCUUGUUUUUGUUCACUGUCCUUUGUCUACAUAGUUCUAGCCUGAAAAUCAUGUUGCUUGACCGCUGGUGUGGGCAGUGGGGUCAAGGGGUAGUAACCCCAGAAGCCAAUCCAUGACCAGACCCACAAAUGUAUAAAAAUGGAAGAAAUAAACAGGCUCGCCCUCUUUUGGGGGAGCAGCCUUUCACUGCAGACCUCCUGCCUCCGUGUUGUUGUUUUGCUUUUGUUUCGUUCCAACAUUUCUCGGGGCGGGGGCAGAGAUAAUGCGAGGUGUGGGGGCAGGUAAGGGACAGGACUGGGGGCAGCUUUGCUCUCUUGCUCUGGGCAUCAGAGAGAGAACGGCCAGGCUGCUGCUCGCUGCAGGAGUUCACUGUCACCACCCUGUCUGGUCUCGGAGAAUCGACCACCAUCUGCUCAUGUGCCCCAGAUCCCUGAGCUCGCCUCCCCCUGCCCUGCCGGGCAGGCCCUCCCGCUGCUGCUGCCGCUUCUUCAGCGCUGCUUUGAGGCUUUUUGCUACUCUGUAGCCCCGCACUGCCCUGCCCUGCCAUCCCUGCCGGGACAUCCCUCUGCUCCAGCAACCAGCGCAGAGCUUCUGAUCUCAUCCACCAGCCUGGGACUUUCCACCCUUCCAGCUCAGCCUCUCGGAGUCCUGCAGGGCCACCAAGAUCAAACUGCCCCGGGCUUUUGUGAAAGAAAGCCCUCGAGGUUCCAGGUUCUGUUUAUUAUUAAUGCUGUAGUUGUGGUUUGUUUGUUGUGGUGUCAUAUAUACUAGUAAAGAACUGUUAUUCCUAUCUCCAUACCUCUGCCUGAAAGCCCCUUUAAUUUUUGAAAUUAGAAUAGUUUGGAGGAAGGGGAUUUGAAUUCUCCAUCUCUAGAGAGGUCCUGCCCCUUCCUAGCAGAUAACUGUCUUUCAAACCAGGACAGAUUUUUUGCCGCCCAAGGUAGGGCUUGAGGGCAUUGAGAGAAAAAGGAGUAACAGUUCUUAAGUGACCUUGUGCACUGGGUAUAGAAACCUCCCUAAAUUGCAUCAUGUGGUCUAGCUUACCUUGGUUUGGGUGGCAUGUGGUUGUGGCUGUGUUUCUGCCAUUUGCAGGCCCUUAUCUAAACAUGGGCCAUAUAACUAAGGCUACUGUGGCUGUUAUCCAGUUUGCACUGUGGGUUAAUAAGGUGAGGAAUUCAUGGAUUUUUAACUUCCUCUGGAAGGCAGGCACAUGGAUACAUGGCUAUCACACUCCAAGUGUUUGUUUGUGGGGUUACUUUAACAAUGGCACCUACUGUGAGGAAAUGACACCAGAGGAAUUUUUUUCCCAACCCUUCACUCAGCUGUUUGGGUCUAUUCCACCAGUUUUUGAAGGGUUUAAAUCUUCUCUGAAUGCUAAUGAUAUCAUACAAUGGCUGGUAUUGCUCACAGGCCUAUUCUAUUUAGUAUUCUGAGAUAAGGGGAGAUUGGCCUGGAUAACCACCCUGAUACCUACCCCAGAGAAUAAGGAUACUGCCCUAGAGACUGGGGAUGCUACCAUGGAGCCUGACACUGCCCUAGAGACUGGGGAUGCUGCCAUGGAGCCUGACACUGCCCUAGAGACUGGGGAUGCUGCCAUGGAGCCUGACACUGCCCUAGAGACUGGGGAUGCUGCCAUGGAGCCUGACACUGCCCUAGAGACUGGGGAUGCUGCCAUGGAGCCUGACACUGCCCCACAGACUAAGGAUGCUGCCAUGGAGCCUGACACUGCCCCACAGACCAAGGAUGCUGCCCCACCACCUGACCCUGCCCUGCAGCCCACCUCAGAAAUGAACCACCCAGAUUGGGUGGGAGUUCUGGUGAAGGAGAUGGGCCAGGUGCUGAAGGAGCACACUACCCUAGUGGUGGCCUCAUUGGCCUCAUCAGCCCCAGCUGGUGGCAAACCCUCCCCCUGCCCUGAAGAGGGAGAGUCUGAAGGUGCAGCAGUGGAACCCACAGACAUUACAACCGUCCAGGUUCCAGCUGAAGCACAGGGGCAGUCACAGCCAGCAGCAGUUGCCCCUGUGGAAAGGAAGAAGUCUAAGGCGAAAUUGGUGCUGAACUCAGGUAAUAAGGUUAAAAAUGGAGGGCCCACACAAUCCACAGAGGAGCCUCAGGUUGAGAUCAUCACUGAGUCCCUGUCAUAUGAAAGUCUCUGUAAUCUGCAAAAGGAUAUUACACGACAGGGACGUGAGCCUUAUACAACCUGGCUGCUUUGGGUCUGGGACCUUAUGGGUAGAGGUGUGCAACUGGAUGGUGCUGAGGCAAGGAAUUUGGGACCCUUGACCCAAGACUCAGGUGUGAAUCAGGUAUUUGUAAGGGAGCAAGGACCCCUUCACCUUUGGGAGCGGCUUUUAAUGAGUGUAAGGGGGAGGUUUAUCCACAGAGACAGAAUUCAGGAGCACCACCAUAGAAUGUGCUGGAAGAAUUUGAGGAAGGGAUCCAACAGCUGAGAGAAGUGGCAAUACUGGAGGUACUCUUUGGGAGGGGUGGACAGCAUGACAAUGACCCUGACAAAGUCAGGUGCACAGGGCAAAUGUUGUGGAAUCUAGCAACUCUAGGUCCAUCUCAAUACGCCACAUUCAUGUCAAUGAUUAAUGCUGAUACCAACCGAGACACUGUAGGUUCAGUAGCCAGCAAGCUUAGAAAUUUUGACAGUAUGAUCAGUGGCCCAAUGCAGACUCAGGUCUCUGCAGUGGUUAAGGAACUCCAAGAGGAGAUAAGGGAGGUGAGGGAGGAGAUGAGGAGGAACAGUUCCCAUGUGGCACCAGUGUGUC